CAUCAUCGUUUGAAUCUUUGGCCGUGUCGCUUGACGAGUGUCAUACUACGCCGAUGGAGUUAUUUUUGACAACAGCUCAAAAUUAGAAUUAUGUCUACGGGAAACAACCUGCCCGUUCGGUUUAGUUGAUGUCCCGCGAGAGACCAAUGAUCAGGUGAAAGCGACUUACGGAUUGUUAGCAAUGCUCCAUACAAUUGCCUAUAAGUGCAUUCAUGCUGACAUCGAAGUCUUUAAAAAAGCUCAAGUCUUUUUCAUUCAUGCUGCACAGACUCGCUUAAGACUUUGGUCCUUCGGUUUGGUUGAUAAGGAGCUGUAUGUUUUGAACAGAGUCGAUAGCGUAGUCCUCCCUGUUGAGGAUAUCAUAGAUAUAAUAAUAAAGUUAAUCAUGAAUCACACAUUACCCCGCUUGUUCUCAUCCUACCGUUGAAGUCUGUACACAGGGUACAACCCUGUGGCGAGUAAAUAUUUAUUCUGCAAAAGCAAUACAAUCGAAUGGGCCUGGACUAUAGAAUAUUAUUAGAUCCUGAGCACACAUAUUACUCUUGUCAUUUGAUGUUAUAAUUGUUGAUCCCUCUAAAUAAUACUUAUAUACUCAGUAUGGAAGGGCUAAAUUUAAAGACAUGUUGAUUAUUUACUAUCACCAGAUUAUUACAUCAUGAUCCAAUAAGG